AUGGCUGGAACUCCUGCUGGGGAAGGCACCAUGAAGUGGGCGAUCAAGACAGCAGAUGCUGUUCCAGCGUCGGAAGGGGUGCUUUCCAAAGGACCAACGUAUAAAAGUUUCUACGCCAAGGAUGGGUAUGCCAAGCUGGAAGGCAUCAAUACCGUCUGGGAGCUUUUCGACAAUUCCGUCAAGAAAUUCGCGAAGAACAAGUUCCUAGGAAAGCGAUCAGUCGUCGACGGCGUGGCGGGUCCAUACGAAUGGCAAACGUACGAGGAGGUUGGCGCUACGGUCAAGAAGAUCGCGUCUGCACUUCGCUUCAACGGCCUUCAACCCCAAAGCCGCGUUGGCAUAUAUGGGAUCAACUCGCCUGAAUGGUUCAUGACCAUGGAGGCAUGCAACAGCCAAUCGAUCCACUGCGUGCCACUCUAUGACACCCUCGGCCCUGAGGCAGUGGAGUUCAUUUUGAACCACGCAGAAGUGUCUUCGGUCGCUGUCAUGCCUGCCAAUCUCCCUGCGCUUCUCAAGAGUCUCCCCAAGUGCACAGAGCACGUAAAGACUGUUAUAAGCAUGGGAGCCGUGGAUGAGGAGUCGAGCAAGGCACUGAAGGACCUUGGCAUCAAGGCGCUUUCAUGGGAGGACGCUCUUAAGGAGGUACUGCUCAGUGAGAUUGUUUUGCACCACUGGCGAGCCAAGGGAGUUCUCUUGACGCACAGGGCAUUGCUGGCUGCCAUUGCCGGGAAUAAGGAUUUCGUUGCAUACAAUAACAUCAACUUUGGCGAAGACGAGAUGUACCUCUCCUACCUGCCCCUGGCGCACAUCUUUGACCGCUCAGCUGAGGAGCUCAUCACCUACUUCGGUGGCGCCAUUGGCUUCUGGCGUGGGGACGUCAAGUUGCUCACGGAGGACAUUGCAGAGCUCAGGCCCACCUUCUUCUGUGGCGUCCCCCGCAUCUUCGACCGCAUUUACGCUGGUGUGAAGGCGAAGGUAGAAGCAGCAGGGGGCAUUAGCAAGUUCCUAUUUGACCUGGCAUACAGCCGCAAGCAGGCUCGCAUCCGGGCGGGCGUGGCCGUGCAGUUUGCCGCUCCGAUCUCAGAUGCGAUUGUCUUCAACAAGAUCAAGGCGCGGCUGGGAGGGCGGGUGAAGGCCAUCUGCUCCGGUGCUGCACCUCUCGCCCCCCACGUGGAGGAGUUCCUAAAGAUCACCAUGUGCUGCCCCGUGGUGCAAGGAUAUGUGGUGCCAUGCGGUGCUGCACCUCUCGCCCCCCACGUGGAGGAGUUCCUCAAGAUCACCAUGUGCUGCCCUGUGGUGCAAGGAUAUGUGGUGCCAUGCGGUGCUGCACCUCUCGCCCCCCACGUGGAGGAGUUCCUCAAGAUCACCAUGUGCUGCCCUGUGGUGCAAGGAUAUGGUCUCACCGAAACCAACGCCAGUGGGUUUAUCUCGUACACAGAGGGCAUCGAGCAGGCAGGCACGGUGGGCCCCCCCAUGCCCACUCUGGAGACGCGCCUUGAGUCCGUGCCUGACAUGAAUUAUGACGCCCUCGCCACUCCCGCCCGCGGGGAGAUCUGCCUCCGCGGCCCGAUUCUGUUCUCGGGGUACUACAAGCGGGAUGAUCUGACCAAGGAGGCGAUUGACGAUGAGGGAUGGUUCCAUACAGGGGACGUGGGCGAGUGGCAGGCGGACGGGUCAAUGAAGAUAGUGGAUCGCAAGAAGAACAUCUUCAAGCUCGCUCAGGGCGAGUAUGUGGCCGUCGAGAACCUGGAGAAUGUGUAUGGCAACUGCUCCGCUAUAGACAUGGUGUGGGUGUACGGGAACAGCUUCGAGGCGGUGCUGGUGGCGGUGGUGGUGCCGAACCAGCCGGCUCUAGAGGCAUGGGCCAAGGGCGCUGGAGUGGAGGGCGACUAUGCUGCCCUGUGCCAGACACCCCAGGCCAAGAAGUUCAUCCUGGAGAAACUUGUAGAGACUGGGAAGAAGGGCCUGCUCAAGGGCUUUGAGAUGGUGAAGGGAGUGCAUCUGGACAGUGUGCCCUUCGAUGCAGCAAGAGACCUCCUCACUCCCACCUUCAAGAAGAAGAGGCCUCAGCUGCUCAAGUACUACCAGGAGCCCAUUGAUGCCAUGUACGCUGCGCUCAAAGCAUGA